CCUCGCCAUAUAUAAUUUGAGAUAAAGUUUCAGAUACCUUCAUACCGACUCCCUUAUUCUACAACCUCACCAUCUUCCUGGUACAGAACCUUCCUUGAUGGGUAUACAACCUCCAACAUUUUUGGACUUAAAAAUAAACUCACAGUGUUCUGAAAUGGACAAUCUAACCGCAAGCCAACACAUCUGCUUCAGAUUUGUUUCCGAUCACAUCUGGAUCUAUGGUCACAUACCAACCGUAACCUCGUAAUAUUAAAAGUCCAACACUAUGCUUUGUAAUCAUCACCUCAAAAAUGCAAAUCUACUAUAAGCCUUUUAUUAUUCUCUGGGAAAUCUAGUUUGUGAUUAAAGGGAAGUCCGUGUUUCCAAUCCUGCAAAGAUGAUAUUCAGAUUGUGAAAGAGGAAUGGUUUUGGGUGCAGUCCAUGCUGGCGUAUUGGCGGCGUGCAUUGUGUUGUUUGUUCCGAUGGGCAUGGCCGGAUGGCAUCUCAGCCGCAACAGAAUGCUCUUCUUCAGCGCCACCCUCUUCAUAACUCUUGCGGUAGGUGUACAUCUUAUGCCCUAUUUUCCCAGUUUAGAGGACAUUGUUUCUUCAUUUACAUUAAAUUCUCCUACAAAACUCCCAUUCCCCUGUCUCUCAGUAGUUAAUGAGAUAGACUGGGAAGAAGAAGAUACAGCAGAUAGGAAUAUUAGCUACUCGGGCAAAAUAGGACCAACCGAGGUUAAUUCUUUUCCACAAAUUGGGGCGAUUGGGGAUGUAUUGCCAGGGAAAUUAAGGGAAGUAGGGGAUAAAUCUUCCCCACAAAAGCGGACAAUUUUGUCGAAUUCUUCAGAGGAAAUUGGGGCAAUUGUGGAUAAUUCUUCCCCGCAAAUUGGGCCACCUAGGGAUGGCUCUUUGGGGGCAAUAGGGGCAGCUGGGGCUAAUUCUUUGACACAUGUGGGGUCGACUGUUAAUUCUGCAGCAAAAAUAGGGCCAAUUGGGGCUACUUAUGGGCGAACAUGGCACUGGAAUUACCAGGCUGUUUCAUCUGGAUGUCGAUUUCAAAAAUUGAUCAGAGCUGAUGCCCUGGAUCUCCUUAAUGGCUCGUGGAUUGUUGUGGCUGGAGAUUCGGAAGCUCGGUUUGUGGUUCUGUCGCUGCUGGAAUUAGUGUUGGGAUCUGCGGAACCCGUUAGAGAAAAACUUUUCAAACUACAUAGUGAUUAUGAAUUUGUUUUGCAGGAAAGGGGGUUGAAAGUGGAUUUUAGAUGGGCACCUUUUGCAGUGAAUUUAACCAGAGUUUUGGGUGACCUUAAAAGAGGUGGAAUUAAUCCCGAUGUUCUUGUGAUGGGGACAGGAUUGUGGCACAUGCUUUAUGUAACCAAUGCCAGUCAUUAUGGUGAAGGGCUUGGGAGGGUGAAGAAUUCAGUGAUGUCUCUUUUGCCUCUGUCUUUGACAGAUGAAUUUGGCAUAGAUGCCGGUUCUACUGGCCAUGCACCAUACAUGUUUUGGAUGGGUCUUCCAACUCUUGUUAAUUCAAUGUUGAAUACAGAGGCCAAAAGGCUGAGAAUGACCAGGGAAAUGUGUGCUUCUUAUUCAGAAGAGCUUGAAAGAAGCAAUCUAUUGCAACCUGCAGGGGGGCCUUUUGUAUUGCUUGAUAUGGGCGCCUUGAGUGAGGGUUGUGGGCCCAGUUGUACUGAUGAUGGGAUGCAUUACAGGGGAAUUGUUUAUGAAGCUGCUGUGCAGAUAAUGUUGAAUGCUCUUCUCAUUGAGUCACGACAACAACCUGCAGGUUAAGAGUGACUUAGCUUGUAUUGGAUGCAUGCUUUUGAAAUGAGAAGGCUUGAGAAGUUUAACUUUCCGUAGAUUUAACCAGGUUGGAUAGUUGAGUUAAAUGUCUCUCUGCCUUAUAAUUUUCUUUCAAUUGGAACACUUCGACGCAAUGGUAUACUUCCUUUCUGCUUAUAUGCAAGGGCUGAGGAGGCUUCCAUAAUAUCAAAAUUGGUGGGGGUUUGAACCCAACCUCGUCUCUGUUUUUCACAUCAUUCAGGUGGGCAUGCCUCAACUAGAAGAAAACCAUAGUGGUCAGUAUGAAACUUCACCAAACUCACUGGCGAUCUUCAGAUUCGACCUUGAUUAUUCAUUUUUCCUAGAGAUAACUGAUUCUUUACAAUUCUUGAAAUGAGGAUUUUGGAUUAUGCUUUACAAUUCUUCAUUCAAUAUAUCAUCAUGUAACUGGUGUUCAAUUUUUUGAGCUGUUCUAUUUUGUGAAAUGAGACUCAAUUCAAAGAAUAAUGAAAUUUAUUGAUUUUGUUGUUUAAGUA